GCAGGACGUUUUGCAUUUGGAGCAACUCGGUUGUUGGCGCACUACAUAAUAAUAUAUUAAAGGCAGAAAUCUCUUAAGAAAUCAACUAUGCCACCCAAAAAAGCAUGUGGAACUGUGGCCAAAUCGAAGUGCGCCGGGGGCUCGUGCAGUCUAUUAAAGCUGAAGACGAAAUCAAGGAAUUACAGUAACAGUUCGUGCGAUUCCCCUAAACCAAAAAAGAAAACUUCUGUAGCAACAAACCGUGCAGCCUCAAAAACCAGCGCCAAAGCAGUGAAGACACCCAUGAAGAGGCAAACAAAUACCAAAAAAUCUAUAUUGAAGGCAUGCCCUUUGCAAAAACGAUAUGGGACUCUGAAAAAUGAGUGUUCUUCAAGUUCAUCGGAAUCCUCCUCGUACUCGGAUUCCUAUGAUUCUUAUGAUUCUUACGAUUCUUCAUACAGUGAUGAUUCUCCUGUUAUCAAGCGAGGUGCUAAGUCUGCUUGUUCAGGCUCUAAAUGCUCAAAGCCUGCAGCAAAACCAAAGCCUAAGGCUAAACCUAAAUCAAGUUCCUCGAAACGUGGCUGUGGCUGCGGAUGUUAAUUUGAUGAUUUUAAU